AGCUGAACGCCACCCACCAUGAAAAAAAAACCUCGAAGAAGAACCGGCGGAGGGAUACACUUUUAUUAUAUGCAUCGCACAUCGAAGCCGGGCAAUUCUGCAUCAUCGGGAUACCGUCUCCACAGAUUUUCUGAGUUUAAUAAUCUAUUAAAGCUUUACAUACAUUUCGGUAUUUAAUCGAAGUACAUAUCCGUUUAGGACAGUACAUAGAAAACCUUACGGUGGGCGUUUCUUUAUCUUUGCAGAGUUAACGAGGCAACGAUGGUGAGUACAGACUGCUAACGUCAACGUGUCUACCUAGCUUCACUAGCUAACGUUAGCGCACUAUUUCUGAACGGCGUUAAAGUAACAAGUGAUCAUUGUUGCAUUUAGGCCUUUUUUUGCAAACAUUUAUCUAAUAUAACGCCUUCAAGCCUCUGUGUAAGCUUCCUUAUGAUUGUACUCGCUCUGAGGGGGUGGUCUUAUGAUGUUGCAUAAAUCACUAAGGUUAAUCUGGUUGUUCGUCCUAAAAUGGGUCAGUGAUUUCCUCCACUGAGGAGUAAACACUUACUGAAUAUCGGUCAGAUGCGCACAAUUACAUCCCGCUUGUGUCUCCUAGUAACUGUAUCUUGAUUUAUUGACUUUAAAAUCUGAAAAUGGGAUGGUUUUAUCCAGUGCAAGUUUUGCAAUUAUGGCGUUUUACUGGUUUUUGAGUCGGGGUGGAUGUGGUGGUGGUGAAGAGGCUGCUGCUGUGCAAAGUAGAGCGUCCAGAUUUUUGAAACCCACCUCAUUAAUCUUGUGAGAUUACCGUCGACAUUAUCUGGGGUUGUCUACGAUGCGGUUAUCCCACAUAACUAGUUGCUGCAACGUGGGUUGUACUUCUCGCAGGCGAAGCCAGCAGGAGCAGCAGGGUGUUUUGACAGGAGUGAAACAUGCGCAACAAGCGAAUAAAGGUUGAUCUGCGAUUACAUCACAGCUGUCUUCAUCGAGAUCCUCCAUGCUAGGACUGUGUGUGCUCGCACCACCACAAUAACGGUGACAGCAUCUCUCCGCUUUCGUAUUGCGCCAUAACGCGUUUGUACCGCAUUCUGCUCUUGCUGAAAUCUUCUCUUUGCAACCCCUCCUUCUGCGCCUCCCUUCCCCCCGCAUUGAACCAAACCGUACUUGAUGCAGUGGGCAGGACCCGCAGUGCACCCUCCAAAAUGGGAACCGAGGAUAUAUUUAUUUUUUUUACAAAGUGCCCUUUAUGGCACCUUUGCCUCUGUGUGUCAUCCCCUGACACAUGGUCUGUGAUAGAUACUAUCAUCUGCCACAUGCUGGCCAAACAUAAAUCUGUCUUUACUCAGUAGCAUGGCAUGUUUACUGAUGAAUCUGAAAGGCAGGAAAGAGUGGAUGCUUUGUGCUUUUCUUCACAGCAGCCUACAAAUCCGGUAACAGUCAUCUGUGCUGUAUCCCCGCUGCGCUUUGAUCCACACACUGCUUGCUUCAGCACCACUGAAUUGGUUGGCAGUGAACAGAAUGGAUACUCCGCAGUCAGUCUUGCCUGCUUCUUUUCACCCCCCACCCCCAUCCCCUACACACGCACACACCCCAACAUCACCACCACCACCACCACCAAACAACAUGGUGACUCAUCGAAACUGACUCGAAGAGCACAUGGCAUUGCCACCACCUCCAGCUACAGAAAUUUUUGCUUUUGAAAAUGCAAGAAGCUGUUUGAAAUUUACUGUUUAUCUUUGGACACAAAAUUUUGCAGCUUUGAAAGAUUAUUUGCCUUAUUUUUAAAGAACUUCUUAGGACCAGUGUUUUUUUCGUUGACGAAAAUAUUUCGUCAAUGCCCCUUUUUUCCACGAUGAAGACGUGACGUUGACAAGACAAAUAUAAGUCUUAGAUUACUAAAAUGAAACGAGACAAAUGUGCGUUUAGGUUGACGAGACGAGACCAGAUGAAAACAUUGGUGUGUGAGGACGAACACAGUUGCAAAAUUCAUGAGCAUUUCGUCACUCAAACGCUAAACAUAUAUUCUGCAGUGUCAUUUUCGUUGACGAUGUUCUUGACGAAGUAUUUUCAACAUCGUCAAUGAAAACAACACUGCUUAGGACCUUUACACACCGGGUCAGACGCAAAUAUAGAACAUGAAAUUACAAAAUAUUCUAAGGUGAAUUUUGCACAUCAAGCCUGAUGCGAUUCUGCGACUUUCUGGGGGGGAAAAAGACGCAUCCUGGGUGGAAGCGAGAAGACUGACACAACAGCAGACUGAUUGUUUUUCAGUUCUGAUUAGACACUAGUGUUGAGAUGUCUGUCUGUCAUGAUAGCAUGUACUGAUUGGUCAGAAGUGGACACACAGUAUGCGAAACUUGAGAAAAAUCGACCGUGAUCCGAAAAAAUAAAUGCAGCAAUAUUGCAGGACGGGAAAACGUCGCUGAUGUGAACGCUUGUAUUGACAGGAUAGGGGUUCGAAAAAAAAUAUUGACAUCCAAAAUAAUCGCACAACAAAAAAAGCUCCCGGUGUGAAAGGACCUUUACUCUAAAAUAGUUCCUUUGCCUAAUCACAAAGUAUAGUAUCAGCACUUCAAUCACAUAGCUUACAUUAGUAUGUAUGCAUUUCCUUUUUAAAGCUGUUCGCCAGUUGGGUUGUGGUCAUCUUAGAGUCACUUGUGGACAUUAUGAGGGAGUGCACACUAACACAGAGCAACAAUCAACAGUUUCCACAGAGUUCAGUCAGUGGUGUCUGUGACAAACCAAGUCUGACAUCUGUUCAUUAAAAAAGGCACAAAGAGGUGGUUAGUAGCGGUGCUACUCCGUGUGCUACAUUGGCGACCCUGUUCGUGUCUCACUAAUUAUAGCAGGCGUAUGUAUUUCAGGCUGUAGAGUAUUUAUACCCGUCCCUCAUCACACUUUCUCAGUCUGAAGCAGGCAUGUUGACUGACUUAGACAGGCUCAGCGAGAUCUCAGGAGGAUGGCAGCGUUACGUCUGAAGUUUAAAAUGAACUGAGGGUAUGAAUAAAAAAUUCACUUUAGUCAAAGUAGUAAAGCCGGUGAGAGCUGAUUUUAGAGUAAUCAUAAGACGCCAUGUUUUCUCAGAUUUUACUCCUAGAAAUGCAGAAGUCUUAUUCAUAAAAUAAGAUUAUUAUCAUUUUUGUGUUUAGGUUUUUAGCAGAUGAAGUCUGCUACAGGUGCUCCUUAGUCAGCCUCCCAAAAGUUUGUCUGUGUGUUUACUGUUCUGUAGAUACUUAAAAACAGUUAAAGGCACCUAAAAUGCAUAUCCACAUAAAUAACACCGACCCACAAUACUGGUGAUAAUGAGUUAUGAUUACCGAAAGUUUUUCUUCUCUCUCAUGCAGUAAAGCAUCUGUGAUCAACACUGCCAGUAUCGUGUUUCUUUAAGACUCUGUGAACAACUAUCAUCAGGAAUCAAUUAUUCCUGUAUAGCUUUAUUCAUUUUCUUCAGCACUCAUUUGAACCUGGAGAUACUUCCUCUAUCAUAGUUGUUAUAAAAGCAUCUUAAUUUGCAGUAAGAGAGAAUGUUGCAACACUUAGCUCGAGUAACUGAUUACAUAAAUGAACGGAUAUAUACCAUAAAGCAAGCUCAACAAUACUGUAACACUGGAAAUUUCUGACCCCAUGCUUUAAUGGUGAUUUCAGCUUACAGGCUGCAUCAUUUAUCAGUGCAAAAAAAGGUUAAGGGCAUUUUUUUUUAAAUAUAAGCUGUAAUCGUUUUCUUCUACUUGAAACUGUAGAUUCUAAAACUAACCAUUUUCCAGCUCAAUAUGAUAAUGGCAUAUAUUGUAAUAAACAAGGCCUGCAGUAUUUAAGUAGUAGGUUGAAGUAUAAAGAUGAAUAUGCUGUUUUCACCCCAAAAAAGGUUUAUUUUGAUUUCUUUAUAGUCUUAGUUUUGGGUGUAGUACCUCCAUUGCAGCUUCGUUCUUCAAGGCUGAUUUAACUGCAACUAAACCGUGACAGAGAGGAAAGAGAGGCUUUCUAUUAUUUAAAAAGUUAUCAGUCACCACUACCCGCUGACGGCAUACCCUAUGGGUUUUCGCGCCCCACGUUUCGAGGCUACAGUCCUUGUCACAGUGGUCGCUGGUUUGAUGCCCAGCUGGCGGCGACCCUUUGCCCCACUCUCAGCUCCCAGUGUUUGCUGUCUUUCACCAGCUGUCCUUUCUAAUAAAAGAAAAAUGCCCUAAAACACACUGCUUUAAAGAUGACUUCUUAGAGUGGUUCUCUAAGAGAUGAUACGGCUCUGUAAAAUCUGAAAUUCCAUCUUUUUAUUCUGUAAAUAUGAAAGAAAUGUAAAAGAUUCUGCCUUUUCAGGUCACUAAUAAUUAAAGAUUUAUUUCCUUUCUAAUUCGUUUUACAUUUUUUUUGUUCAGUCGCUUGCACUUCAAAAUAAAAUGAUAGUUUUGCAAGGAAGGCAAUAAAGCAACUUCAACAUCAGACAGAAAAAAUAUCAAAAUAAAAGCAUACCAAAAAAAAAAAAAAAAAAAGGUUUUAAGAGGCGAUGUCUCCUCUAAAGAAGUGUCAGUUUCACAACCAGAGAUGUGAAUGAAAAUGGUAAAUUUUAACCCAAUUAGAAAGCAGUUGUUAACUCUGGUAACUUCGCCUUGCUGGUCUGUGUAAAAUUCUUUUGAGUUAUACUUUAAUAAAUGUCAGUCAGUGAUUCCUGCCGGGUGUAAUUUGGCUCAGUUGGUGGUCAGCAUUUUACACAUGCUGUAACUGCACUUCGCUUAGUUUGUGGUGUGGUUUAAGUGCUGAUACAGGUUAGCAGUAUUUCCCCUGAGGCAGCAACAGUAGAAGGAACAGCAUCACAGUAACUGAUGCUGCGCAGCAUUGUCUCUUUUCAAUCCAGAAUAGCUGAAGUCCAAAGUUUCAGCUGUGAGCUGUUUCUGUGUCGCCUGAGGCCGUUGUCCAACAGGUUGAAGUGUGGUGUGCCACGUUGUUGCUCCCUGUUUGCUCAUCUCUUACUUGCACGUCACGUGAUCAGAGUGUUAUAACAACCUUUGUGGCUAGAAAAUCUCAUGUCGUCGUAUUGUGAGAGUAUCUCAAAUGUGUAGCCAUGCCACAUACAAUAUCCUUUUGAGGGUUUAUUUAGAUUUCUGUGUGAAAGCCUCCAGUAUUUGUGUCUUUAUCCUAAACUGACCUCAAAGUCAUCAGGUUGAUAUGAUUACAGCGAGUCUGCUGGUGUCUGUGAUAAGAGCUGUAUCCCUGACAUUGGUGUAUCAUUGAGAAAUAACAGACCCUUGAUAGAGACCAUUGAACUAAUAGAGUGAAGUACUCAACAGGCAUGUGAUAGGUUUAAAAUAACAUCAAUCCUGUCGCACAUGAUAACGAAGAAGACCUAAAUAAUAUCUUCAUUUUGAGCUCCUAACGUUUUAUAAUUAUCCUUUCCCUUCAACAGGCUGAUCAGCUGACUGAGGAGCAGAUUGCCGGUGAGUGCACCUUGUUUGUUUACUGCUGUUUGCUUUUUAGCUUCAGUAGCUGCGUUACUCACCAGACUUGUUCAGAUAUGGCCCCGUCCUUUCCACGGAUUAUGGUCUAAUCCUGCUCACUAGUUUGCUACCGCCACAGGACGCGACAAGAUAAUUGUUCCAGUUUUGAGCCAGAUUCCUCCCCCUCCGGCAAAAGUCAGCGGGGGGUUAUUGGGCCAAAAGUCAGAAGAGGGCAAUAGGGCCAUUCGAUUACUGAAUGGUUCCUCCGGGAUGAUGCUGUGGUGUUUGGUGUAUUAAAAGGGAUUUUUUUUAAAGUUUGACUGAAUUAUGGGGGAGAGAAUAUGAUCGUUAAUAUACACGUUUAUUUUUGACGGUUUCAAGGUUCUGUAGGAAUUCAGGGAUGUCGGUUUGGAGUCCCACAUGCUUGUUGAUUUGGAAUAAUAACACACAGGCACUGUUACAAUUGAAUAUGUUUCUGCAUGAUGGAAAAACAAACACAGUAAGGUGUCUGGGUCAACAAGAACCUGCACGGUUUAUGAACUCUGUUAUUUUUAACCCAACAGAGUUCAAGGAGGCAUUCUCGCUGUUCGACAAGGACGGCGAUGGGACGAUCACCACCAAGGAGCUGGGGACCGUGAUGCGCUCCCUGGGGCAGAAUCCCACUGAGGCCGAGCUUCAGGACAUGAUAAACGAGGUGGACGCUGAUGGUAAGGAUGAAGUCGCACUCAGACCAGACCUCAGCCGAUCGCAGUGACCUGAAGGAUCCCUGUGAUUAAACAAUGUUCUUUGGGAGGCUGCCACGUCUGUGUGUGUGUGAUUGUUACAGCUCAUUAACUGUACACACUUUUUACAUCAUGGCAGACUUUGGUUUGACGGGAAUGAUGCCAGAAAGAAGUUUCUCUGCUGUGAGGGUCUAUAAGGGACUGAAGACGUCAUACUGUCUGUGAUUAAUCCCUGAUAAACAUCUAUCUAAUCUUAAUCACUUAGACCCUUAUUUUAACACUAGGGAAAGUGACGGAUGACAGAUAUAAGUCACAGAUAUCUGGAAACACUUGAUUAAGCGAGACUAAUGAGACUGUGCAUAGACAUCAUAGGGAUAUGAAAACCAUAUAGACUUACUCCCAAUUUUCACCGAUCCGGAACGGCUCUGACCCGGAACAGCAGCGAUAUUCGCCGUCCGCCAAUUUCUACCGGAUCUGUUGGUGAGGUGAAUUUCUUGGCGGAUUACGGACAGCCACAGAGUCUAACCACAUAAGCAGUAGAUUGUGUCCUUCCAGAGGAGGAAAUCCACCGCUAGACUUCUAUAAUCAGCAUCUCCUCAUCCAUGGUGUCAUUGGGAUGAAAUGUUGUCUAUAAACCUUUCACUUGUUCGUCCCCGCCCAUUUGCAUGUGUGAAAUACGAUCCGCCUGAAACACGGAGCGUUCAAAAAAGAAGCCGGUUUGUUUUGUUUUAUCUUUCUUUUCAGCACAGGUUAAUCUGUGUUAAUCUUGCGAUCGGCUGUGGAGUCCAGCGAUCCGCAGCGGAAUGGAAAGAAGCCGGUGGACAUUGACACAUUAACUUUAAUGGUUACGAUCAGCUGUGAUCGGCAGAUAUGGCCUUUUCGUAGCUGUUCCGGAUGUGGUGGAAAUUGGGGGUUAAAUAUCUAAAUUAUAAACUGUGUUGAUGAUUGUGUUGUUAAAAUUUAAAUUGUUUUGAUUUGCUGCAAAACUACAACAUAAACGUUUUUUUCUUAUUUGGUGAGUGGCUGCGCAGAAUCAGCCGACUGGAAGACAAAGAUGGAGCAAGUCAUAAACAAAAACUUAAAUGAUAGACAUUCAUGGAAGAUCCUACUUACCAUGAAUCACAAAGCUUCAUGUCCUCAAAGGCCACCAACACUUCAUUGUCAGAAAAGCUGAGCCAAGGGAGUGAUUUGGUCAAUUUAGGAGUCUGACUGCAACAUAUCUCUAAAUACUCUAUGCACUGUGCCUUUAAUUCUCAUUCUAACCUGUGUGUACUCAUGUGGCUGUGUAGGUAAUGGGACCAUUGACUUUCCUGAGUUUCUGACCAUGAUGGCCAGAAAGAUGAAGGAUACAGACAGUGAGGAGGAGAUCCGAGAAGCCUUCAGAGUCUUUGACAAGGUAGGAACAAACACCUGUAUGUUUUGAAUGUUUAGGUAUGAUAUUGAGCACCAAAGCAGUCCUCUUGAGUCCACUUUUUGACCCAGUAAUCAUUUUUGCUGUUGCUGGAUUAGAAUCUACUACGUGCUGGCAGGCAUGUAAUAAGCAUUAGCGCUCAGUCCAUGUGAGGUUAGAAGAAGUCCAGUCCAUCUAAAUGAAUGUAAUUAAAUUUGUGUCUGCAGGAUGGAAACGGCUACAUCAGUGCAGCAGAGCUACGGCACGUCAUGACCAACCUGGGGGAGAAGCUCACUGACGAAGAGGUGGACGAGAUGAUCCGUGAGGCCGACAUUGACGGUGACGGCCAAGUCAACUAUGAGGGUGAGGUGUUCGUUUAGGUUUUGUUUCAGAGAACAACAUGAUUAUUUUAAUUUGCUGAUCAUGUGCUGAGAAAUGAUGACACAGUUAAUACAACCCUGAAACUGCUUGGUCAAGUCGACCGUGAUACGAAAAAAUGACGCAAUAUUGAAGGACGGGAAAACGUUGCUGAUGUGAACGCUUGUAUUGACAGGAUACGGGUUCAAGAAAAAGUAUUGACGUCUGAAAUAAUCGCAUGAAAAAAACACUCCCGGUGCAUGAGGACCUUUAGCGUGUCGGUCUGAUUGCAUUUCCAUGAAGAAUAUCCCUUUAAGAAAUGUCAUGUUUGCAUGGUUGACAUGCUGCUGACAGUUAUUUCGUUAUAUUGUUAUUUAAAACAACAGAUCAGUUUAAAGCCUAAUCUAAGACUUAACUGUGCAUGUCAAAGUCCCGAUUUAAGCGAUGGUCAAAGGUUUACGUUUUGCCUUUUUUCUUUCCACAGAAUUCGUCCAGAUGAUGACCGCCAAAUGAAGAGAACAAUGAAAUAUCUCUCAACAUUGCUUGUCCUCCUGAGAUCAAUGUCUUUAAGAACCAAAAAAGGAACAAUUCAAAAUGACAAACCAAAUCCCCCCCUUUAAGAAAAAAAUCACUUCUGUAAAAAUUUCCUAUUUGUGCUUCAGUGCAGCCAAGUACUUCUAAGGUAUCUGUUUAGCAAACACCGACAGAAUAAUCCCUAGAGAAGUUAAUGGACCAAGCUUUUAAAGGGCCGAAGCCCCGUACUUCAGACCAAGAUUCUGCUGAGUCACCCAGCUCCUGAUUAAUUUUGAGGAAAGAGCAACAAUGAAAAAGGCAGUGGGAUGGAAACCCAUGCCCCAGUUUGUACACAGAAGUUAGCUCAUUUAACUCUUUGGAUAUUAUAUUCGACAUAGAAAACUGACUCACUUGCACUCGUGGCGAUUCUUUGAAUACUGAAUUGAGUACUCUUCUUGCAUGCACCCUUUCUGUGGCGGUCUCUUGUCACAACAAGGAGGCUCUGAUCCAGUCAGAGGUAGUGGUCAGAUCGUGUACACACUGGAGGUAUAUACAUUAUUAUAUAUCUAUAUAUCUGUAAAAUUUGUGUCACUAUUGAUUAUUGCAAGAGCAAAUAGUUGCGGUGUUGGGUGUGCAUUGGUGCUCAGUCGAAGUGGAGCAUUGAAGAGUUCGGACGAGAAGGACAGACUGAAUAUGGUCGGUGGUUUCUCCCUCUCGGGGUUGUUCCAUUGUCUUGUUUUUGGUGGUAAGCUUUACGUUGCUCACAGCACUGAGUGGAGACGGCAGUAAGUUGUUUUUCUUCAGGGUGAUGGUUAUGCAAACACACGUGAGGACUGCAGUUGAUACCUUUUUGUUCUUCAGAUAUCCUGAUGAUACUAUAUUGAUGUAAUGCUUUAUAAAUGUGUUCUCAAAUAUUACUGUAUUGAUGACAAACUUUGGUCACAAAAAUAUAUCUAUAAGUGUGUCGUAAAGUUUGCUUUGCCUAUCGUUGUAGUAAAUGACCUGUGACAUGUUUUCUCUUUGGUUUUGAACUGUGCCAUAAUACUCUUGAACGCCUCAACCUUUCCUGCAAGACUCGUAGUCCAUUAGAAAAUAAACCUACUAAAUAUAAUAUAAAAUACAUGCAGUUGAACAUAUUUGCACUUUGGUAUAAACCACGUGGAUAUUUAAAAAUGUUUUGUUCAAAAAUAAGAAAAAGAAAACCAAAUGUCACUGUUACUGCUGCUAUGACAACUCAUUUGUUACACAUUUGUUGUCCUUGUUGGUGUCUGAUCUUCAAUUUGUAGUCUGGUGAUUCAAACUUAAACCUGCUUGCUGUUUUACUGAACAGAUAAAAAUACUGUAUAUUCUAAAACACAUACAUAUGGAAGUGAUCUGUUACAUUUGGGCAAAUCAGAAUGGGACUUUAAGUGUGGGGGUGAAAUGGGUGUAGCAAAAAGAGAAGGAAAAAAAAGUCGGAUGUGAGAUUGGUCGCAGAUUAAGGUGUUUUGGAAAGGCUGGGUAAAUUUGAGAAGUGUGAAGUUGAAACACUGCUCUGUUGAAGGUGCUUUACUUGGUUGUCAUUGACUCAGAUGAAUGGAAGUAAAUGGGAAACGGACUGUUAACUUCUGGAGGUGUCUCAAAUAUGUAAAGAUGUGAUAUAUUUUCCAUAAAUCAAUAAACUGACUGAGCUUUACCUCACCUGCAUUUCAUUGUCA